UGGGGGUGAAAGAGUCAGAUCUGGAUGACUCGUGCGUGAGGUAAUCUUCCGAGAUAGCGAACUGAGUUAAAGUGGAAUCAGAGUUUUAGACGAGGAUGCAGAGGAGUAGAGAGUGGAGGUCGAGUACGAGCAAGGAGUGAAGAGGUGUUGAUUGUAGAGGAGUAUUGAAGAAGCAGCGAGUAUUUCCUGUUUAGUUUAACAGUGAAUAUCAGUAGUGAACAAAGCAGGUAAAGAAGAGACAAAAACACGGCUUAUCAGCAGCAGCAGCUCGAGCGAGCGAGCGCAGCAGCAGCGUCCGUCGGAAACGCCCGUGUCCGCCGAGAACCUAAACCUCGGCCUGGCACUUUUGAUCCCCUUUACCUUCUCCUAGACUCUUGUGUUCUAUAUAUCAUCCCCUGUGAUAAUAGUUGAAGCGCGCGAUGGAGUUUGCGACGAGUUCGUAUAAUUGGUUUGAUAAAAUAUCGGCGACGUUGAGUACGCCUGCGAACGGGUUUAUCUUGAUUGAUAGCAAGACCGGGAUGUGUCUAGAUGUGAGAGGGGUAGCUCAGAAAGAAGAUGCCUCGAAACUCUUCCUGGCUGCCAAAGAGUCUGUUUUGGAUGAGUCUGGAAACGGCGCUGUUGAGUAUCGGAAAUCACGGAUAUUACUCCAUCAAGAACCAAACUGCUUAGUAGGCGUAUACCUCAACCCGCAGAAACCGUCCGGAUUAAGCUGAAUCCUCCGUCAUUUCCUACUUUCUUUUUUUCAUAUUUGUCUCGACGAUUAUCAUUAUUCCGCUAUAAACACCGCGGGUUCAUUCAUAUCGGGGGUCUGUCUACUCGCUUCGUUGCGUACUUGCUCUGGUUUGGGUUUAUUUUUAUUUCUUGUUGCUAUUGUAUCAUCCUUUGAGCGAGCAGAGGGGUUUUCCGUUCCUGUGUACAUUUUUAUUUGUAUUGUUUGCGCUGGGGUUGGUUGUUAAUCAGCGCUCCAGCUGGUCGGGUUUUUUUGUAUAUUGAUUGCAUCUGGCGUUUGUUCUCUAGUCACGCAUAUUCUCGUCGUAUAAUCACAGUUUUAGAAAUACACUUCUAGCUUAU